UGCUGGGCGGAGCCAGGCUAGCUGCUGCACAGCCUCGCUGGCAGCUAGGAACUGCUCAGUUCUUCUGCAAGGGAAGGGCAGAAACUAACAUGGAGCAGGGGAAACGUCUGGCUGGCCUCCUCCUGGCCAUGUGUCUUCUUCAAGGUACUAUUGCCCAGUCGAAACAAGAAAAACAUUUGAUAAAAGUGGAUGACAAUCGAGAAGAUAGUUCAGUACUUUUGAUUUGUGACUUGCAAGGCGAAAAUAUCAAAUGGUUUCAAGACGGAAAGGAACUACAUUCACAAACUAAAAAUAAAAGCAUACAGAAUCUGGGAAGUAGUUUGAAAGACCCUCGAGGGACAUACGUGUGUCAAGAAUCAGAUGAGAAUCCAAAACGACUCCAAGUGUAUUAUAGAAUGUGUCAGAAUUGCAUUGAGCUGAAUGCAGCCACUGUGUCUGGCUUUGUCUUUGCUGAAAUCAUCAGCAUUUUCUUCCUUGCUGUUGGGGUCUACUUCAUUGCUGGACAAGAUGGAGUUCGCCAAUCAAGAGCUUCAGACAAGCAGACUCUGUUGUCCAAUGACCAACUCUACCAGCCCCUCAAGGAUCGAGAAGAUGACCAAUACAGCCACCUUCAAGGAAACCAACUGAAGAAGAAUUGAGCUCAGGACUCAAGAGUUCUCAGAAACAAAGCAAUGCAUUUUGAAGCACUCCCAGCAGAGAGAUUUUCAGUCUUAAAUCUAGACUGAAAGUUCCCAGAGGUGACAAAUGGAGAAGAAAGUCCAUCAGAGCAAAUCUGGGGUUUUUCUUAAAAUAGAGUAAAAACAUGUAUGGUGUUUUAGAAGUGCUACCUAUCGGGCGAUGAUUUUCCUGUAAAAGAAAAAUGAAAAGGUCAAGAACCCCUUCUAUUUAAAUGUAAUUUUUUGUUUUCAUUUUUAUUUACUUUUUGUAUAGGUUGUAAUUCACAUGGGUCAAAUAUACAGUGAAAGGUCUCCCGCCACCUCCAUCCCCAGACACCCAGUUUCCCUCUCCAAAGGCAAACAACAUAUUAGUUUUUAUAUAUAUUCUCUAAGAUAUAUAAUGUAUUAUAUAUCAGGCAUACAUAAGCAAAUUCUUAAGUAUACAUUUUUCUCUCUUCCCCUUUUUCACACAAAUGUUAUCAUACCAUAAAAAUCUUGUAC